AUCCAAACAUAAUUGCUAUGGGUUUUCCUGCGGAGAGGCUUGAAGGAGUAUACCGGAACAACAUUGACGAUGUAGUAAGGUUUUUGGAUUCAAAGCAUAAAAACCAUUACAAGAUAUACAAUCUAUGUGCUGAAAGACAUUAUGACACCGCCAAAUUUAACUGCAGAGUUGCACAGUACCCUUUUGAAGACCAUAACCCACCACAGCUAGAGCUUAUCAAACCUUUUUGUGAAGAUCUUGACCAAUGGCUGAGUGAAGAUGACAAUCAUGUUGCAGCAAUCCACUGUAAAGCUGGAAAGGGACGAACUGGUGUAAUGAUAUGUGCAUAUUUGUUGCAUCGAGGCAAGUUUUUAAAGGCUCAAGAAGCCCUAGAUUUCUAUGGGGAAGUAAGGACCAGAGACAAGAAGGGAGUGACAAUUCCCAGUCAGAGACGCUACGUGUACUAUUAUAGCUACCUGUUAAAGAAUCACUUGGAUUACAGACCAGUGGCACUGCUCUUUCACAAGAUGAUGUUUGAAACAAUUCCCAUGUUCAGCGGCGGAACUUGCAAUCCUCAGUUUGUGGUGUACCAGCUAAAGGUAAAGAUAUUCACCUCCCCUUCAGGACCCUCAAGACGUGAAGACAAGUAUAUGUACUUUGAAUUCCCUCAACCUUUGCCAGUAUGCGGUGAUAUCAAAGUGGAAUUUUUCCACAAACAGAACAAGAUGUUGAAAAAGGACAAAAUGUUUCACUUUUGGGUAAAUACAUUCUUCAUAGGACUGGAUGAAAAUUCAGACAAAGUAGAGAAUGGAAGUCUAGUUGCAGAUCAGGAACUUGAUGGUAUUUUCAGUACAGAGCGCUCAGAUAAUGAUAAGGAAUAUUUAAUCCUUACGUUAACAAAAAACGAUCUAGACAAAGCAAAUAAAGACAAAGCCAACAGAUAUUUCUCUCCAAACUUCAAGGUGAAGCUAUUUUUCACAAAAACAGUAGAAGAGCCAUCAAAUCCAGAGGCUAGCAGUUCAACUUCUGUAACGCCAGAUGUUAGUGACAAUGAACCUGAUCAUUAUAGAUACUCUGACACCACUGACUCUGAUCCAGAGAAUGAACCUUUUGAUGAAGAUCAACAUACGCAGAUUACAAAAGUCUGAAUAUUUUUUUUAUCAGAGAUAAAAAAACACACAAAAAAAAACAACCACGAAGAGUGACAAACUUGAAUAAACUGAAAAAAGGACCUUUUUAAAUGGCAAAAGGACAUAGUGUCAGAUUACCAAUGAUAGGAACAAUUCUUUCCUGACCAAUCUUGUUUUGCCCUAUAAAUCUCUACAGGGUUUGACACUUGUCCAGUUGGGAAAAAAAAAGGUUACGUAGCUCUUAUAUGUAUAUACCUUUUUGUGUCAAAAGGACAUUAAAACUUCAAUUAGGAACUAUAAACAUGGCACUUUCCCAUUUUAUUCCAGUUUUAUAAAAGUGGAGACAGACCUAAUGUGUAUACGUAGGAAUUUUUCCUUUUGUGUUCUGUCACCAAACGAAGUUUUGAAAAUAUACAGGUUCACAUCCUGCCCCUUUUUUUGCACUUGUGUGGCAACAGAAAAGUCUGCAGUUGGCUAAGAGAUGUUUCUAGAAGGUUUUACUACAUUCUAAUGCAUGUAUUUUGUAUGGGGGAUGGAAAGUAAUGCUCAGAAAGGAAUGUAGUCUGCUGGAGCUUGGCCUGUGUACCAUAUCCGGCUAUUUACAUGCACCUUUCUUUAGCAUGCUACCGUAAUUCAUCCUGGACAAUUGAAGAGUCGCCGCUGUCACUGCUUGUUGUUUGUGCAUUUUAUUUUUUUAAGUGUAAUGGUGCUAGAAAAGGCAGCUAGAGAGAGUGAUUCUGUAUAGGGGUACAGGAAUGAACCUUCACAACAUCCUAAAGACCCUCAAAUGAAGGGAGAAAAAUUAUUGGGGUCACAGAAAGGAAACACAGCAACAAUGACUUAACCAUACAAAUGUGGAGGCUAUCAACUAAAAUACGAGCUUGAAACAAAUUGUUACAAAAUUUGACAAUGAUUUAUUAGUUGUUUUUUUUCCUGAAUUGUAAUGGCUGCUCCAUCUCCUGUGUAAUCAAGGCCAGUGCUAAAAGUCAGAUGCUAUUACUGCAUACAUCAGUCAGCAUCUUACAUUUAUAUUAUUAGUUUUUCAAUCAUAUUCCUGCAUGUGAAUACUUCAUGUGCUGCCUUGCAAGCUUUUUUCUCAUUAAUAUAAAAAUAUUUUGUAAUGGUGCACAGGAAAUUUCGAUUGGAGAUUCUCCAGGUUAGUGUUUGUUUUGAGGAUUUAUGAUGCAUUUAUUCAAUCAAACCUCUGUCAGCCGUUCCACCCCUUUGACCUUACACAUUCUAUUACAGUGAGUUUUGCAGUUUUGCACACUUUUUUAAAAAAUGUCAUUAACUGUUAGGGAAUUUUACUUGAAUACUCAGUACCUACGAUGUUU